UCCACAGAGAGAGAGAGAUAGGGAAGUAUGUAUGUAUGCGGAUGUGGAAAGAGAAAAAGAAAGGAGCGGAGUUGGCUACGACUUGACCUCUUCACUGCCAGUCUGUCAACCCCCCCACCCCAAGCCCACCUGGCUGCUUUCUCUCUUUCCAUCUAUAUCAUCUACAUAUUGUAGAGAUAAGCAGACAUGCAAAACCCUCCAACUACUGAGAAAUCACUACUACUUAUGAUACCAGGCCUAUUAAGAAAAAGGGUUCAUUCAGUAUUCAUCUAGCUGUUCAUAAUCAUGAGUCUCUUUGGGCUUGGAAGCAGAAAUCACAGAACGUUUCGUCCCAAGAAGAGUUCUCCUUCCGGGAGCAAGGGCUUACAACUCAAGAAGCAUAUCGAAGCGACUCUGGGUAGCGGCAACUUAAGGGAAGCAGUAAGGCUUCCCCCUGGGGAGGAUCUGAAUGAGUGGUUGGCUGUCAACACUGUUGACUUUUUUAAUCAAGUAAACCUUCUCUAUGGCACUCUCACCGAGUUCUGCACAUCGUCGAGUUGUCCAACAAUGUCGGCAGGGCCAAAGUACGAGUACAGAUGGGCUGAUGGGAUCAACAUAAAGAAGCCGAUAGAAGUUUCUGCGCCAAAAUACGUUGAGUAUUUAAUGGACUGGAUUGAAGCUCAGCUCGACAACGAGUCCAUUUUCCCCCAAAAGUUGGGUGCGCCGUUCCCGCCCAACUUUCAGGACGUCGUCAAAACCAUAUUAAAGCGGUUGUUUCGUGUGUAUGCCCAUAUCUACCACUCACAUUUCCAGAAGAUUGUGAGCCUGAAAGAAGAAGCUCAUCUCAACACUUGCUUUAAGCAUUUCGUUCUGUUUACAUGGGAAUUCUGCUUAAUUGACAAGGGAGAACUUGCUCCUCUUUACGAGAUCGUUGAGUCAAUCUUAUACUGCUAAUAUUUCUUCUCUUCACUCAUUUGCUUUGUUGCUUUGGCUGGCUAAAUCAUCUAAGAGUCCCUCGAAUCUAUUCCUUUUACACCGUAAGACGUCCAAGGUAGCAUGGAUUUGCCUCGAACAUAGCUUGGCUUCCCGUCAGGCUUAAAUCCUACAAAGAAGGAACUGAGGCUGGACUGCUACUUGAUUGUGAUUAACCGGCUAUCAUGAUUCCAUUUUGAAGUAUAAUAACUUGUGAAUUAAUUUGUCUCGUUCCCGUGCUGUUUUCGUGGCGAACCAGUGUGUAUUUCGAACGAUCUUUGGUUAAACGAGAUGCCUUAUUCGAGGUGCUAUAGCCUAUUCGGCCUCUCUUUUGAUUCAAUCUUGUUGUAUAUGGUACAUUUACCAUCAUAUGUGGUGUUAAAUAUAAGUGGCAUUAGCUUUA